ACAACUGAAUCCUCCUAAGGGCUAUUAAGUAGUAGCGGGUAUAUACCGACCGGACUUGCGACGAUUCGAUCUGUCCUCAUCCCCCACCCAGCUUCAAAAGACCUUCAAAAUGGCCACCAACGUUUCCAGCGACCUCAUCUGGCAGCUCACCCGCACCCAGAAUGCUUUUCUGGUCAAGCGUAACAGCGGCGGUGGCUCUCAGUUCUCCCGUGACCCCCUGAACUUGCAGAACAAGCACUCUUUCAAGUACGCCGGCUAUGCCAACACCAAGGCGGUUGGUGUCCAGGCCACCGAGAACGGUGGUGUUGUUGUCAUCACCAAGAAGCCCAGCAACCCCCAGCAGCCUGCGAAGAACGUCGUUAGCGUGACCUAUGGCCCCAACGCUUCCACCCGCAAGAUCUACAAGGGUGUUGCCGACAAGACUGCGAAGAACGGCUACCGUGCUGAUGUCCGUGAGGACGCCGUUGCCCGUGUGAGCGCCAUCCGCCGCUCCCAGAAGCCUAAGAAGGAGACUCCCUCCCAGAAGCCUCGCGGUGCUCAGGCCAGAAAGGCCGAGGAGAAGUCGGAGUAA